GUUAUUUUGACAAUAAUUUCUGUUUGCAUUUGGACAAAAAAAAUAAAGGAUAAAGAAGGGGUUGGAAACACUGUGGCAGACUCUUUUCUGUCCAAAAUAAAGAUCGCAAUUGGAUUUUAUCAGGUCACUUAUGGCUUGCUUGAAGCCUUCUCAUACAUUGAAUGGCCCGAGUCCGUACAGGUAAUCGGCAAGUAUUCUGAAACACUCAAGCUAAACAUACUUGAGAUGACUCCAAUUAACUGCAUCUUUAAGGACCUAAACGUGGAUGCUUUUGCAAACUUGCUCUCCAUGGUGGCAAUUAAUUUUGCCAUUGUCAUCUGUGCGGGCCUAAGCUACCUUGUAAGAAAAGCUGUUAUCUCAAGUAAAGCAAGAAUGGACGACGACGAAAAGUCACAUAAAAUAUCACAAGCUAAAGAAACCGUGUACAAAAAUUUGUUCUUUUUCCUGUACAUCACCUACCUUAGCACAUGUUCCAAGACAGCAGCUGUUUUGCCCCUUGCAUGCCGGGAACUUUGUCAGCACGAAGAUGAGGACUCUUGCACGAAGUACUUAAAAGCAGAUUACAGCAUACAAUGUCAUGGGCCUCUGUUCAAUAAACUGCUUAUCGCAGCAUAUUUUUCAUUGGCGUACGUUGUUGCUCUUCCUACUGCCACAUUCAUAAUCCUUUGGAGAAAACGAAGAGUAAUAAAAACCAAAGAAGAUGUCGUCAGAGGAUCUAAAGAUACAGCCUCUGGCAUUGAAAUAAUCAAGGGGUUGCAAUUUCUUUACGAAAACUAUACAGCUCGUUCGUGGUACUGGGAACUAAUAGAGACUUCUCGUAAAGUAAUCAUCACAUCCGGUUUGAUACUCGUGGGGCAGGAAAGCAGAUCAUACAUUGGCCUAGCAUGGGUCAUUGCAGGCAUAUAUGGAGUGUUUUUUGCCUGGAAUCGUCCGAUACAAGACGCCUUUGAAAAUCGACUGAUGGCCGCAUCCAUUGCCGUUACAGUUUUCAACUUGGGUGUUGGGGCGGUCAGUAAAAUUCCUUCAGAGAACUUACCUUCAGUGAGCGACGUUUACAUGGAUACUUUUAUAUUCAACAUAUUAGUUCUUGGAGCAAACAUCUUGGUCAUCGGAUUAAUUGCCUGUAAGAUUAUUACUAUUAUCUCCUUUAACUUUAUGCCACAAUACAACAUCUGGUGAUAACCAAGCUAUUUGAUGGUGAGUGACUUUUCUUAGAAUGGGACAUGUUCCAAAACGUCUGAUAAACAAAUAGAUUCCAAAUAGAGUGUGUCACAGAUGUUUUUAUUCUUGUUUUAUUGUUAUGUAAUCUUCUAUAGUUCAUGUAUUUCGAUGUUAGCCCGGAUAUGUUGAAUAUAUUUUUCCAACCCGUAUUUGAAAGGGUAAGUAAAUAUGUCAUAUUUGUCUGAAAAAAGGCCUAAAAAGGCUCACAGACGCAUUUAAUGGCUGUGAAAAAUUCAAGAAAACGCUCUGGUUUUGUUAUUUAUUUCAAAAAGUAAAGUGCUUCAAUGUUAUAAAACAAAUAGUAAUAAAAACACUGAAUUUGCAGCGGGUAAAAAGGGAGCAAAGUUAGAAACUUUUUAGGUCUCUUUUGACGGAAAGGAGUACCAUUUGUCAAUAGAAGUAUACGAAAUGGGUAUAUAAAAGGAUAAGGGGUUGAACCUCGGGGCGGAGUCUUUUUGUAUAACACUUUGUUGAUCAUUCCUCCGGGCACAGACAUGGCUCACUUGUUCUAAAAAAAUGUCUUACCACCUCCGAUAUUGCGGGCACUUAAGUCUGUUUGAACAUAAUAGUGAGAACUAUCGAGAGUGGUUUGGAAAACCGUAGGCUGUGUUCUGUACACUACUAUAUAUUAUGUUGAUAAACCGUUGGCCCCCUCAUUCAAACCUCGCACAUAUACCAAAAUCUAUGGGACUUGUUGUGUUGUGCAGGCAAGUCAAUAACUAAAUCACAUAUCUUAAUGGGAUUUCUGACGGUUAAGUGUACCGCUUCUUUUCAGUUGAGUACAUGCUGCACUUGUAUGCCUAUCUCAAGGAAUGGCACAAAAAUCCACAGUGGUCUUUCUCUUGCUGUCUAGCGCUGAUCCUUCCCUUUCUCAGUCUGCCAGAGGAUAUCAGUGGCAUAGAAAGAGCAAAUAUAAUGAGUAACCAAUUAGAAACAGGAGACAUCGAAAUGCCCACUAUUACGGAUGCCGUGCAAGACAGUGGAGCUGUUAAUAUCUCGCUUGAGGAAGGCGGGGAAUCUGACUGUGAACAUCAGGAUAACGCCCAAAACAGCACCACUGCGCAAAUUAAUAGGGCUUUAGAGAACAGUGUUGGAGAAAAGGAACAAGAGGAUGGUAACACGAAAGUGACAAAUAUUAUGCGCACUAGUACUCAGCUAAACAGCAAUGAAAGGAAAAUAGAGGCCUUUGCAAUUCUCUCACAGCAAAAGUCA